AUGUCUGGAAGGUUGUCUUCAGAUUCUUCAUCGUCUACACCUACGCCGUCUCGCGCUCCUUCGCCCACGCCAUUUUCUCGGCAUUCUUCAUCACCAUCCGAAACUGAAACUGACUCACCCUUACUUGGCCUCGGAAGAUAUACUUCCCUGAGAGAAGGCCGCUGGAAUUGGCGCAACUUAGGUUCGAGUUCCCUGAGGAGGCGUAAACGGGAUGGAAGAAAGUGGAGAGCAUUCAAAGGUGGUCUGAGACGUAUUGUCAGGCACCCACUAUUCCCUCGUCAACCGUUGACCAUCAUAAUUGCGCUCCUGAUGUUCACCGUCUUCGCCAUCUCUCUCACAUUAGCUUUGCUGUAUAUCUUGAACCCCGACAAGGAAGCUUUACCUUGGAGGGCAUAUUGCACAAUCACGCCUACAACAUCUGUGCCCCCGCACUAUCGCACUGCAUUGCCAUACCCCUACAUCAACCCCCUUCCCAAGGUCAUGCCACCAUCAUUCCCACCGGAUGACCUUGAUGCUCUACCACCCGCAGGACUAUUCUUAGCUGUCUUCUCCAUGGAUUCGUCACUAGAACGUAGAAUGUUGAUCAGAACAACGUGGGCGGCACAUCCCCGUAGUCGCAAUGGCGCAGGAGAAGGAGAUGACGGGAUGGGCACCUCGAGGACUUUGGUGCGUUUUGUUCUCGGACAGCCCCGCAAAGGGUGGGAGAGACGUAUUCAGACAGAGAUGGAGAUGUACAACGACAUUAUAAUCUUGCCCUGCCCAGAAAACAUGAAUUCUGGCAAGUCGCAUGCCUACUUCACGUGGGCGGCAUCAAACGCUUGGGUCCCGCCAGUCUACUUCAAUACCACGCAUCCCGUACCGGAGUUCUCGUACUCAGACCAACAUGCCCCUGCCCCACGUCUUGCCCCCCAUGAUCCCUACUUGGCUUGGAAGGACAGUGCCUCAGGUCAUCCAAGGGCUUGGGUGCGGCCCGAUUAUGUGGCUAAAGUCGAUGACGAUGCUUUUGUUAUGUUGGCUGAACUCGAGGCGCGUAUGAGGCUAGAGUUGUACGCUAUUGGGCAGAGGCCAUACGGCAUGCCUUAUACUUCGACACCCUCUGAAUACUUAAGAGUGGAGAUGCCAAAGGUGGAAUCGCAGACAGGUCCUCCUGAUGAUACCCUUGCAUCAACCAUGGUUGAACAGGAGAUGCAGCGCGAUGAAUCGGCGAACGACCCAUUGGUUUACUGGGGCUACCUUGUCAAAGAAAAGUUUAUGGCUGGCGAACUAUAUGGCCUGAGCUGGAGUCUUGUCGACUGGGUUUCCAAGGAUCCAGGCGUUAAAGCUCUUACCAAGGGCGCAGAGGACAAGCAGACGGCCAGGUGGAUGACACUACACCCACGUGCAGGGGAGAUCCGUUGGUCAAGCGACCAUUGCUGGAUAUAUGAUCAUCCUCGUUCAGGAACUGUAUACUCUCAUGGCUUCUUGUUUCCCUCCGAAGUCUCUCGCGUUAAGAAACCUGUUUUGGCAUAUCUCGACAAAGUAUCCCGUAACUCAUCGACCGGUGCGAUUUCCCUGUCGAAUCCAGCUACUGGAACUUCUUCAAUGCUUUUAUCGUGGGCCCAUUCGAGUGUUUCGACAUUUGGAACCCGGUACCAGCAGCCCCUACAAGAGAUGGACUUAGCUCAUAGCGUUGAGGCACUAGUUGAAGGCAGCGACAUGUCCAAGCUGCAGGAAGGGAUAUCUAUGGACAUAGAGCGAGCAUGGCGCAACCGCGAAGGACGCGUCACCCGAUACGAGAACAAGCGCGUCGGUGGAACUGUCGUGGUGCAUUUCAUCAAGAAACACAUGUGGUUCUUAGAGACUGCACUUGCUUUCUUGGAGAGCGAUAAUUUUUCUGAAGCUGAGCUCGAGGGUCUCGAUGCAGACGAGGACAAACUCAAUGUGGGCUUGUCGUCAGUAUGGACAGACAAUUCGGUUUUCAAACAGACGAACGCAAGUGCUGCGUUGUGA